AUGGCCACCCCGACCAAGCGACGCAAUUUCACCGAAGGGGAAGACAUCAUGCUACUUCGGCAAGUCACGCUGGAAAUGCUGUUCGAAGCACGACGUGACCAAGUCAUGGAGCGUUGGGCUGAAGUAGCGUCGGGAUUGAACACGGCCGAUGAAUUCAGACGCACGGACAUCGAUGCCAAGAAAGCAUGUAACCAUUUCAUCCUCCUUCUCGAUGCCCAUCGAAAGGCCAACAACCAGUCCCAACAAGCGUCCGGUGUUGCAGAGGACGUUGGUGAGAAGGUGGUCCUCCUAGACGACCUGUUGGCGGCGUACGAUGAUGUUAAGGGCACCGAAGCGCGGCGCGCCGAAGCAAAUCGACACGCGGCUGAACAAAUGGAAGCGAUGGAGAGCCAAAUUCGUGCCGAAGCUCUCGAAUCCGUGGGAAAACGAAAACGGGACAAAGACGGCGACGACACUGUCACAUGUGGAGCCAGCUUUUGGCAGAACAACUUCGCCAGCAGCCGCAAUCAAUGA